UCCGUCUUGGCAUUAACAGGCUGGAUUUUUUGCCUGAAAACCGAGGACAUGCGCGCUGAACAGGAGGAGGAGGAGGUGAAACACACGAUCUGCUUCUGAUAUUUUCUGUUGACUCCGUGAUCACUCAAUUAUCGUGCGGAACUCUCAUUUUUCCAUCGCCUGUUUUUUUUUUCUCUUAAAGCGGGGAUGUGAGGAGUGAUUUUUGUCCCUCUCUCUCAUUUAUACAGACUAAACUUCAGUCAUUUCACACUUUAUUUAGCUUUAUUUGGUGGCAAGAUUUCUUUUUUAUUUCUUGCAGAUAAGGAGUGUUAUUAUUAUUAUUGUUAUUAGAUUUUUCUAAUAAUCGAUCGCCCCCGCCGCCACCCUGAAGUUCAUCGUUAUUAUAUUGGCCGCCGGGAUGGUGGCCUUCAUCGGAGCGGUUAUCUGCAUCAUCGCGGCUGUCCACACCGGAUCCUCCAAGGCUGCUGCGGCUCAACAGCAACCAGCAGUCGACAACCACUCGCUGUACCCGGACGCCGCGGCGCAGACACCCGCCGCUGCGGGCUCCGUGGCCCGGCCCGGCUCCCUGGGUGCUCUCCACGGUUCUGAAACGCCCGAUUCAGAAGCGCCUACCUUCAACAUCGGGCUCGGCGGGCUGGACGGGGUCACCGGACUCACCGGACAUGACCCGACCGUCAGUCGGCUGAUCUGCACUCCGAUCCCAGCCGGGGAGUGCAACCCGAAAAACUUUCAGCAACAAGCGGACGACCCGUCGUUGUACGCAGGCGAAGACUGGGGCUACCUCCGCACCACCGCGGAGGAGCUCCGGCAGACCGUUCUGCAGCAGAAAGACCAAAUCUUAACAGACCAGCGGACCAUCAGGGAGCUGACGGGGAAGCUGUCCGAGUGUGAGAAGGGGCUGGACGGGAAAAGUGGUAGGAGCAGCGGCAGCAGCAGCGCGGGAAGACGUGGGAGCUCCGCGGCGCUGCGAGGAGGCAAAGGCGCGGCGCAGGAGGCGCACCUGGACCGGAUCAUGGUGCGGGACAGCCCGUCUGCGACCUCCGACGGUGUCCACCUGCUCACAGUGCGAGCUGUGGAUGAACUGGAGCAGGCUAUAACUCAGCUCAAAGACCGUAUAGAGAAACUGGAGUCAGAUAUUGGUCCAUUUCCUCACAACCAGACAGACAGCAACAUCUUUGGAGUGCCAGAGGAAGGUGGGAUGUCUGGUGGCCCAGAAAGGUUGCCUGAUCCUGGGCAUAGAGCUGGUUCUGACAGCUCCUGGAGGAUGGACGACUUAGAGGUCGAGCUGGAGAAGAAGGUGCAGCUUCUCGAGAAAGAGAGAAAAGCCUUGAGGCUGGAAACGGAGAAACACAAUCAGGAAAUCGAGCGGGGCAUCAAUAAACUACACCACCGAAUCUCAGGGCUGGAGGAAGGUUUCUCAGGGCAUUCUUUCCCAGAGGGCUACAGAUUGUCCUUCCCAACACGGACAAACUACAUGUACGCUGUUGUGACGCACUCCGUGCCAAAGAUGCGGGCCUUCACGAUCUGCCUGUGGCUGCGCCCCGCGGAGAGAGGCAUCGGGACCCCCGUGUCGUACGCUGUCCCCGAACAGCCGAAUGAACUGGUGCUGCUGCAAGGCCUGCACGCUCCUGCUGAGCUGCUCAUCAAUGACAAGGUGGCUCAGUUGCCUCUGAACCUCUCCAGGGGCAGCUGGCAGCACAUCUGUGUGAGCUGGACACAAAAGGGAGGAGUGUGGCAGGCCUACCAAGGGGGGAGGCUGAAGGGAGAAGGUCAUGGACUAGCCGCUGGACAUCACAUUAGACCUGAUGGAGUGCUCAUUCUCGGGCAAGAGCAGGAUUCUCUGGGUGGAGGUUUUGACUCAUCCCAAGCCUUGGUUGGAGAGUUGUCCCAGGUGGGUCUUUGGGACCGGGUCCUGACGUCCAACCAGGUGGCCAGCUUAGCCCGAUGUGGCAAAAUAACCCAGGGCAGUGUGGUACCCUGGGCUGAGAAUGGAGUUGAUGUUUAUGGUGGAGCAACCAAAGACCCCGGGGAGCCUUGCAGUAAACACAGCAGGAGUUCUCAGUGAACUGCAGGGGAGGGUUUUGAAGGGAAAGAUUCCACAUCUCCAGUAUUACCACUAACAAGGGACGUUCUAAACAGUAAAAAACUUCGAAAACUGUGUGGCAUUGGAUAACAGUUGUGUAACAUGGACAAAGAAACUAAUGGCAUACAUUUAUAUGAAGUGAGAAGGGGCUUUACAGUUACUUCUGAGACACCUAACAGUCCAACAGAUGCUCUUAUCCUCUGGAAGGUUGUGCAAUACAAGAUAAAUACAAAUGUAGUAUGCAAACAGAUUGUAUUUUUAAAGUACAUAUAGUCCAUUUCUUAAAUUAGAAUAUAAAAUGCAAAUUACAGUGUAGAUUUGCUCACUUAAAAACAGCAGCUAAUAGCUACUGUUAGCAGUAACAGUAGCUAAUAGCUAAUUAGAACUUGUAUAACUACUUAGCCAAAAUGCUACACUGCCAUCUUUAAAUAAAUAAAUGAUUCCUCAUUUUACAAAACAUACUUUCUUGUUGGGAGUUUUGAGUAGAGGUGUUUGAAUGUUGUAAAGCAGCCAGCUAACUUAGCGUACCAAACAAUUUCUUUACUUAGAUAAGCAAUUAGACAUGAAAGUCCUCAAUCACUUCUGUUCAGUUCAGUUGAAUUUCGUAGAUCCCGAAGGCUGCAGAAUUAAAUGUAUUACCACCGAAAUGCAUUUUAGUGCCAAUACAUUCAAUACUGACAGUUUUUAGUUUUACAUACACUUUAGAAGUGCUUACGGCUAAUAGCUGAUGAGUAUUAUUUAAAACGGAGUUAUCAAGUUCUAAUAGCUUCUGUGGAUUUCAGUGUUUUUGUAAAAUACCUGUAGUGGGUUGUUGAGGUAGAGAAAGUUGUCAUCAUUUGGAAGUUCAGGGCAAUCCAAGCUUCUUAAGUUUUAUUGGGAAAAAUAACAAACUCCAAAAAGUUCUGUUAGUGUGUAUAUGGCACAGUAAAAGUGUUAUAAGAACACACAGAGUGAAUGGGUGUAUUGUAAAGUUUAAUGAGAGUAGAAUUGUGCUAUAUAGAUGCAGACCAUUUACCUCAUUAACAAGAAAAAAGGGAAUUACAGCUGAUGUGACAAGAUUUGCAAGAAACAUCUGAUGAUUAUCCAGCAUUGUGAAAGAUCUUGAUUUCUCUGUAAGACAACUAUUAUGUAUUUACUCCCUAGAUUUUGUACAAAAUACAACAUGAAUGAGUUUAAUGGCAGAUACUGUAACUUUUGAAGAGUGGCAGAUGAUGUAUUUUGAACACUUUUGCUAAGUUAGCCAGCUGCUGCAGUAGUGUUAAUUAUAUACAUUGUGUUAGACUGGCAAUUGCCUUUUAUCAAAGUCUUAACAAGAAAGCAAAUAAAGAAAAUUCCAACCCGUGGAACUUUUACUUAAAUCAGCUAAAAAUAGUGGUUAGCAGUCAGAAGUGUGCAAAAAUUGAAUUUUUCAAUAGCACUUUAUAAUAUGGCCUGUUACUAACAGUUUAAUUCUCUACCAUAAAAUAGCAUAAAAUGCCAUUUUAUGGUAUUUUAUCUAAAAUUAUAAUGUAAUUUUUUAAACCUAUAAAAGCUUAGAUUCACUAAAAAGAGUGGUUUGUCUGUGAAGGUUCUCAGUCAUCCAGGUCAUCGUAGUCAAAGGAGCUUGCAAAGAAAAGCGUCUGGACUUUUCUUGAAGACGUUUCACCUCUCAUCCGAGAAGCUUCUUCAGUUCUAAGGUCAAAUGGUGGGGAGUCCCACAAUUAACUAAAGAAAUAUCAUUUGUGUUUUUACCGAAACACAUGGAAAUUUCCACCCACUAAAAUUACGUACUUUAUUCUUUACUUUAUUACUUUAUUCUUUUCUCUAAAAACUUCACCCCCUUAUUGUCAUUUGAAAUGGAAUACUGUUAGUCGUAGGCUGUAUUAUAAAGUGCUACUUUAUAAGCAGCUUUUCCAUUUAUUCAUUUAUUUUUAAGCUGCCACGUUGUAUGAAAAAUAAUGAGUUGAUCUCAGUCUCAGAGAUCUGACCUCUACUAUGAAAGCCAGAGGUUGUGUCAAGCCAGCAGAAACCCAGCAGGGUUGGGCAGAAGUUAAUUAAGGGCUGUGACUGCUUUAGAGUUUAGAGUCAAGGUAAGGUGAUGAAAAAUGCUGGAGAAAGUGGUAGGAAUAUUAAGCAGUAGGUGGCAGCCAGGAGUAGAUGAUGAAAGAGAAUGAAAAGAGAAAGUGGGGAUAGAGAUGGAUCGGAUACUUGAUAUAAGUGAUGCUACAUUGUUUUCACCCCUGCAUGAUGUAUUCAUAUGCUUUUAUUGUCUUGCCACUGCAAUGUGUUGCUCACCGAUUUCACAGAAGAGGACAGAAGCGUUUGCAUUCAUGCAAAGGUGGCUGUCUUUGUGUCUGUCUUUAAAGGUCAGGGGGGUCUGUUUUAACCCCUAAUUAUCUGAAAUUACAGAAGUAUUUUUCCCUAAGGAAAUCCUCAGUACAAACAGAAUGUUUUUAAUGUCUUUAAUGUUUUUACUAAUUUCUUGAAUACAUUUUUCUCCAUUUAUGUAACCUGAGAAAUUGAGAAAUCAAGGUAAAAAUACACCCAAUCAAUAAAAUGUCAAAUGAUCACAUGAUCACACUAGACCUUAUCUUCUUUAAAUGGAUAGGUACAUAAAGCCCUGCACAUCUACAUUCUUUUAAACAUGCAGCCACUCAGUAACACGGGUGAUCUGAUAUCUCUGUGUUGGUGUUCUUCCUGCAUCAUCAUAAUAACGUUGAUCCAGUGAUGUUGUCUGAGCAUUCAGUUAGCAAUCGAAAUUUAAAGAAGUAAAGUUAUUUCUUUCCAAGCUCUUCAACUAAUGGCAUACAUUUAUAUGAAGUGAGAAGGGGCUUUACGGUUCCUUCAGAAACGCUUAACGGUCCAGCAGAUGCUCUUAACAUCUAGAGAGUUGUGCAAUAUAAAAUAAAGAUAAAUGUAGUUUGCAAACAGAUUGAAUUUUUAAGGUACAUAUAGUACAUUUUUAAAAUUAACAUGUAAAAUUAAAAUUAUUAUAUAGCUUAUGUAACGUUAGCAGUUAGCUAACCUAAACUCUUAUGAUUAGCUAGCUAUACUCUUACCUUUAAAUGAAGGAUUCUACAUUAACACGGAUGAUGUCUCUGCGUUGGUGUUUUCCCUGCGUCGUCACAAUAACAUCGGUCCAGGAUCAGCAGACCAGUGACAUUGUCUGAGGUCACUGUUAGCAUUAGCCAAGAAGUUAGCUAAUGCUUUUAAAAAUUAUCACAAAAAAUCAACAUGAGCAACCUUUAGAAAAUAGCAAACCUAACUCGAUGAUAUAUUUAUAAUACUUUAUGACUUAAUAAAUUAAAAAAACAUAAAAAGAAAUGCCCCUCGUUAAACAAAACUUUCUUUUCACCAUAUUGCAAAGCUAUGACAUCAUAACAUCCUGAUGGGUUGGCUGCAAUGUUGAUUUUGGACCAACAUUAUUAUGAUGACAAAGCUAACAACACUUGGAUAUGAGAUACAGUCAGCAACUAUUUCAGCUGUAAUACAUUCCAUGCAUGAGUUGUACUGUUGUUUGUAAUAUGCCUUAGUGAGUUUCAGAAAAAUCCACCUCUAACCAUUAUUCUCGACUGGUGUAUGAGACAUGCUGUUGAAUGCAACAUUUCUCUAACACUAGCUCUCCCUAGCAUAAAAAAAAGGAUCCUUAGUGGAAAGUGCCUGCCAGGGUGUUUGUACCCAUGUAAACAAAUCAUCAAAUGAAUUGUCCUGAUGUAAAAUUCUCAUCGCAAGAUAUUUUGAGCUAAUUAAGCAUCUGCGUUUCUGUGAAUUCCCCGGGGCUUUUUUGAAGACGUAAGAGGUUUGAGUAAACAUUUGAAAACGCCGUCACUAAUUGAAACGUCUGCACGGUGCCGCCAAACUGAUGCUAAAUCAGGUCAGAAUCAUCUUGCUGUGGCUAAUAGUGUCUUUGAUGAUGCCUCUCAGUCUGCAGUGGCGAUAUUAAAUGUCAUGCUUGGUGUCUGUUCAGCUCCCGCCUGAGCUUUGUUUGGGCUUUUUGAUAGUAGUGUGGAGUUAUAUUGUUUACAGCUACUGGAACUGAUGCUUUUCCAUUGUAUGCAUUGGUAUCUGUCUGAUUUAAUGUUGUUGAAAUACUGUAUGUCCAUGUCUUGUGUGGUGUUGUAUUGUUCUGCACAUGUGCCCUGUACAAAACUCAAAUCUUUAUUAAAGUAAUAAUUUUCA